ACUUCAAGCUCCUGAAGACGACUCAGGCAAACAUCUUACCGUUUAGGCUAUAUGCAGCUUGGAGGACAUACAUUUAUGGAACGCCAAACCCUAUACUGGGCUCUGAGGACACAGAAGUGGAAAUCCCCCUGCUGUAUUUCCAUUGUGAGAAGUGCAACCCUGUGGGAGAGAAGGAUAUCUCAUGCAAACCCCAGCCCUCAUGGUGAAAGAACUGCCUUGCCCUGCUCCAGAUUCACGGCUCACUUGAAGAAUUUCUCUGAAUCUGUUAAACUUAGCAGUCUACAUUUUCUGCAUUUUCCAGUAUUUCCAGAAAGGAUUCAGACUCCAAUGGCAUAUAGAAGACUGCUCUGUGCUCGCCAGUACAGCAUCCCCAGGCCUCCUGCUGUCUUACUCUGAGGCCGUACACUGCCGUCGGCCUCAACGGGAGAAGCUAGACCCCCUUUGCCUCGUCCAGGGUCUCCUGGAGUUUGUCAGAGCUUGAGCUGGAAGAGAGGAUGGCACCCGCAGUAGGCAC